AUGGUGCUUCUGGAUACGGGAACAAAAAAUGUGAUACGACUAUCAGUUUCUUUUAUGCUUUUGUUUUUUGCAUAUAUGAGUCAAGAGUUUAUACAGGAGCCGUUAAUAGAAGAAGAGCACCGAAGAGGAGGAAAUAUUGAUCCUCAUGCCGGAUAUCAUAGUUUCGCGAUUCUCUACUUCUUCUUCACCAUUGCCUGCCUACUGAUUGCUCCAGUGGUUGACUUGAUAACUGCGAAAUGGUCGAUGGUUGUUGGAUUCUUCACGUACAUUGCAUUUCAGUUGGGAUUUCUUGAAUUGAACAGUGCAUACCUGUACACCACAUCGGCUCUUUUGGGAAUUGGAGCAGCUUUCCUUUGGGUUGGUCAAGGAAAGUACCUCACGGAAAAUUGCACAAGUGAGACUAUCGAACGCAACACUGCUCUAAUGUGGCUCAUUUUCAAAUUCAGCCUCCUAGGCGGCGGGGUCUUCCUUUACUUCAUGUUCCAGGAUCAAACUAUGCACGAGCUGGUGCUAAGUGGAGAUUUCAAAAUCUUUGUCUACGUGUUCUGUUCCAUCUCGGUAGUUGCUGCAGUCAAUACUGCAUUCCUUCCAGCGCCGGCGUAUGUACCAGAGAAGAGGGAAGCAGUUACAUUAGCCGGAACAUUGAAAGUAACAUUCCGGUUAAUCCGUCAAACUCCGAUGCUCCUGCUAGCGUUUAUUUUCUUGUACACCGGGUUCUCCAGGUCGUUUUGGAUUGCAAUCUACCCGACCUGCAUCAAAUUCACCUCCAAACUCGGAGAAAACACCACAAAACUUCUAGCAAUUAGUGGAAUUGCAACCGGGAUUGGGCAAAUUGUAGCUGGUGGAAUAUUUUCAGUACUCGGAAAACGUGUCAGAAUACUCGGAAAAGAUAUGAUUGUAGUGAUUGCUUGUGUACUUCAUUUGAUAUGUUUUGUAUUGAUUUAUCUGUUCUUCCCAUAUGAUGCACCACUACGUCCUACACAGAAUGUUGGGAUUUUUGAGCCAAAUGCCUACAUUGCAAUAUUCUGCUCUGGGCUUCUUGGUUUCGGCGAUGCAAUUAUUCAGACUCAAGUCUACUCGUUCCUCUGUGACGGGUACUCUGAAGAAUCGUCUCACGCAUUUGCUCUAUUCAAGUUCUACAGUGCCAUAUCCUCCACAAUAGCUUUCUUCGUAUCAAAAUACUUUACCUUGGCCGGUCAUCUUCUACUUUAUGGAGCUUUUGCCAUUCUAUCAGCCAUCGCAGCAGUCAUGGCUCAAAAGCUAUAUUUCCACAAGACACGGCAUUUCUUUCAAGAAAACACAAAAAUCCACCCUGCCAUCGAAUCUGAGCCAAUAAAAAUUCAAAUCAGUGAGAGCGGAUCAACGAUAGAGUCUUCGGAGAAAACGGAAAGAAAAAUUACUGAUUUAAAUUGAUUUUUUUUUGCAUUUUCUGAAUAAUACUUUGACAUAAUUGAUAUUAAUAAAUAAUACUCGAA